UAAGAAAGGGAGUAAAAACGCCGGUCCCUUAAACGCCAUUCACGUGUUGGCAGGGACAGCCAGAAGGCAACUGAAUGAAACAACUUUCUCCCUUCUAACCUGUCAGAAAGACUAACAGCAACUCAGUUUCAUUUUUGUAAGCAUACCAACAAGCGGAGUUGUAGUCAACGUGUGAGCAAGUGACAUAAAUACUAAGACUUUCCUUUGACAGGCGUCACUUGUUUCUGGGGGACCCAGCAAUCUCUGUUAGCAACCAGCAAGAGAAGACAACGCAGAGAUAUUAGAUGACCUGUUACUUUUUAUAAUACUGACAACUCUAGGCAGAAGAAGUUCAGCAAAUCCCCCGGCGGAUGACAGAGCGUUGCUGUUCAGUAGAAUACUAUCAAAAACCCGACAAUGACAGAAGAACUUGAACAGAUCCUCCUGCGGAUGACAGAGCCUGAUAAUGCUGUUAUCCAGCAGGCCACGAUGCAGUUGAAGCAGCUUUUCAAAGACCCAGCCAUCAUCCCAGCCCUCUGUGCUGUCAUGAGUGGCUCUCCAAAUCCUCAGGUCCGUCAAUCGGCUGCAGUGAUGCUGCGGCUGAGGGUGAAGAAACAGUGGAGGAAGAUAAACUCGGCGGAUAGAGAAAGCCUCAAGGCGGUGGUGUUGACGGCGUUCAUGCAGGAAGCAGAACACCAAGUGCAGCACUCGCUCGCCCAGUUGUGCGCCAUGAUGGUCAAAUAUGAGACCCCCAAUAGCUGGCCUGCCCUGCUGCAACUUCUCAAUCAAGCCACCAAGAGUGUCAACCCACACGAUAGACAGGUUGGAAUGUUGCUUCUAAACAAAGUGAUCGAGUCCAACCCAGAGGCUUUCCAGCCUCACUACAACCAGCUUCUCCAGCUCUUCUCCACCGUGCUUCCGGACCACAACAACCCGACAGCCUUGUACUAUUGCAUCCUCACCCUUACCGCCAUGACUCCGUAUACUGGCACCGAACACAUGAGACCGAUGCAGUCCAUCAUCCCGAGUCUGAUUGCCGCUCUGAAACAGUUGAUCAAAGCUGAUGAAAGUCGAGCCAGUGAAUCAAUGGAGGUCUUUAAUGAGCUAAUGGAUAGCGAGGUGUCCAUCAUUUUGCCUCACGUUGAAAGCAUGGUUCACUUCUUCUUGGAGGUGGGCAGCGACACCAAGCUGACUGACUCGCUGCGUGUCAAAGCGCUCUCUUGCAUUGCCUUUCUCAUUAAAUUGAAGAGCAAGACGGUGCUGAAGAAGAAGCUGCUACUCCCAAUUCUUCAGGCAAUCUUUCCCAUCUUGACUGCAACUCCUCCACCCGGUGAGCAGGACCCAGAGGAUGAUGAAGAUGACGACGGAGAUGGCGCCGACAACGAUAACCCUAAACAUUGUGCUGCUCAGGUGAUUGACACCAUGGCGCUCCAUAUGCCACCAGAGAAGCUCUUUCAUCAUUUGAUGCCACUGACUCAGGCCUGCCUGGCCAGUAAUGACCCCUAUCAAAGGAAGGGGGGACUCAUGUGUCUCGCCGUGCUGGCUGAAGGAUGCGCGGAUCACAUCUGCUCCAACAUGCUGUCAUCGGUGCUGCAGACCGUUUGCCAAAGCCUUUCGGAUAGCGAUCAGGUGGUUCGCAUCGCCGCACUCUUUGCGCUGGGACAGUUCUCGGAACAUUUACAGCCCGAAGUGAGUAAACAUUGCGAAGAAUUGAUGCCUUUGCUUCUCGGCUACCUUUCGUCCUUGAACCAGGCCAAGGUUGGCCAUGUCACAAAAGCCUUUUAUGCGCUGGAGAAUUUCAUGGAGAACUUGGGAUCGGAUAUCGAGCCUUACCUUCCCACACUGAUGGACACCAUGUUGUCUGCCCUCAACAACACUGACAGCCUGAAAAUCAAAGAACUCACUGUGUCUGCCAUCGGGGCCAUUGCUAGCGCUGCCAAAGAGUCGCUGGUUCCAUACUUCCCCCCGAUCAUUGAAAGCUUGAGAGGCUUUCUGACCACCACCACCGAGGAAAUGAGAUCUCUGCAAAAUCAGUCUUUAGACACGCUCUCGGUUCUGGCCCGAACCAUUGGUAAAGAGGUCUUUAGUCCACUCGCUGCAGAGUGUGUUCAACUGGGCCUCAAACUCUCGGAGUCCAUAGAUGACCCUGACCUGAGACGCUGCACGUACAGCCUGUACUCAUCCGUUUCCACAGUCAGCCCCGACUGCCUGACUCCUCACCUCACUCCCAUAACUAGGGUCAUGCUGCACGCCCUCAAAUCCAACGAAGGCAUCACGGAACACAUCAAGGAGGACAAGGCUUUCGUCUUGCUGGACGACGAUGAAGAUGACGACGAAAAGGAGACAAAGGAUUGCGAUGAAUGUCUGGAAGACGAGCCUGAGACAGAUGUCCGCGAUGUCGCAGGGUUCAGUGUGGAGAAUGCCUACAUUGAAGAGAAGGAGGAUGCAUGCGAAGCACUUGGAGAGAUUGCCUACAACACUGGCGCUGUCUUCCAGCCCUUUUUGGAGUCCAGCUUUAAGCAGGUGUUCGAGAUGAGAGACUAUCCCCACGAGGAUGUUCGCCGGGCGGCCUUCGAAGCAAUGGGUCAGUUCUGUUGCGCGCAGCAUAAAGUGUGGACCGAAAAUCCCACUGACUUCAAUCACCAAGCCUUACUGAUGAUGCUGGAUGUGGUGCUUCCCAGCUUUCUGAAGACGGUGCGCAUUGAGCCGGAGCGACAAGUUGUAAUGGCCAUCCUGGAAACUUUGAACAGUGUGAUUAAGUCCUGCAAGGAAGAGGUUUUCCAGAGUCCCACUCGGCUCAAGGAGAUCAGUCACGCCAUUCGUGACGUUUUGAAGAAAAAGACUGAGUGUCAGGACUAUGAUGAUGACGAUGAUGACCAACAGGCAGAGUAUGAUGCCCUCCUCCAAGAAUAUGCGGGGGAAGGGAUUCCCCUCUUAGCUGCCUCUGUUCCUGCAGACAAAUGUGCACCUUUCCUCAAUGAACUGCUGCCUCUCAUCCUCAGCAAAACUAAACCUUCAUGCAAUGUGGCAGAAAAGUCCUUUUCUCUGGGAAUAAUUGGAGAAAUUCUGGAGGCUCUGAUCACCACGUCCGGAGGACGGGAACUGGCGAGUCAAUUAUCUAAUCGUCUGCUCCCAAUUAUGUACGGCGGAGUGAAAGACGACGAUCCUGAGGUCCGCAACAACAGCGUGGUUGGACUGGGAUGUCUCGCCCAGGCUGCCGGGCCCCUCGUAGCAUCCGAGUAUCCUACCUUGUUGUCCGUCUUUUCCAAACUGCUCGGUAAAGAGGCCGACUUCAAAGUGAUCGACAACUUGUGCGCGGCCCUCUGCCGUAUGAUUAUGGGCAACAUGGACGCCGUCCCAUUGGAUCAGGUCGUCCCGGUUGUGGUUGCCCGUCUUCCUCUCAAAGAGGACAUGGAGGAAUACAAGACUGUGUUCAGCUGCUUUGCCAUGCUCUACACCAAGUAUCCUGCUCUGAUCGUGAAGCUCAUGAAACCAAUUGUCGAAUCGUCCUGCCACGUGCUCAGUAACAAGGACGUGGAUAAAGAAACGCAGAAAAAAAUAGCCACGUUGUUGAACCAAUUCGCUCAGCAGCACCUGUCAGAAUUCCAAGCGGCCGCGACUUCGCUUCCCGGGGAACAGCAGGCCAAGCUGAGCGCCGUCAUCGGCGCCUCGUGAUGUUGAACCGCACGGAUGACAAUUACGGCACUCACUGUUCCGCAGUUAACUCCUUUUAUUACCGACUUGAAACUUAUAAGCAUAGCCCUCUUGUUUUUCAUUCAUUUGACUGAAGCUUCAUUUGGAGUACGAUGACAAAGCUCAUAAAAUCGAAGGACGAGUGAGCCACCCUAAUGCCUAUGAUAAAAUAUUUUUUACUAGGAAAGCACAUGAAUUUGCAAUGACUGCCAAGCAUCAUGUCCGAAAUGGCCCAAUCAUGCAAUCUGGAGGGACAAUUGGAGUUAAUAAUCAUGUGUUAGCCUUUUCUGAUGCAUUCAAUUGUGAUAAAAGGCAGGUGGCUGUUUUAUUGGCGCUUGGACUUUUAACAAGAGAUUGGAGGUGAGCAAAUGUUACUACACUUGGAUUGUUUUCAGCCUAUAAGCAUAAAAUGUCUUCUGAUCUGUCACUUAAGAGUAACAUAAAACUACAUUUUUGUGA